AUGCGUAUCGAAGCUCGUACAAGGGUAAUCAAAAGUCGCGAUCCCGCCGGCCCAAAUACCGAAGCUCUUUCCCCCUCAGUCUCCUCAGAUCCGCCGUACUCGUCCAUCCUCACGCCCAAGCUCGCCAGUCGAAUCCCUCGUUGCCGUUCACCGUUUCAAUCCCGUCAAAAUGGUGAGCACACACCUCCCGUCCGAGACACCCAAUCGCACUCCGCCGCCGGGGACAAGGAAGCGCCAGGAAGAUGGAGCUACAUACUGCGGCAGCAUUGCGUAGUUAUCGGGGAGCUUAGCAAUUGCGCUGCCACCACCGUCCGCUCCGUCAAGUCCCUCAUCCCCCUCCUUGACCGCGUCCUCGUCCAGCGCGUCAAGGCCGAGGCCAAGACUGCCUCCGGCAUCUUCCUUCCCGAGUCCUCCGUUAAGGACCUCAACGAGGCCAAGGUCCUCGCUGUUGGCCCCGGUGCCCUCGACAAGGACGGCAAGCGUCUCCCCAUGGGCGUCAACGCUGGCGACCGCGUCCUUAUCCCUCAGUACGGCGGUUCCCCUGUCAAGGUUGGCGAGGAGGAGUACACCCUCUUCCGCGAUAGCGAGUAA